CACAAACCGCUUGCAUCGUUGCAGCAACGCCGCGAGGCUAGUGACAUUCUACGCCUGUUCGCACGCCUACUCCUCCCUCUCCUCUAGAAAUGUCUGAGGAAAGCUCACAAUACGCCGCUUUCGGUCAAUGUCUAGCUCGCCGCGUCCUGUCGCAACCGGGCAUCACAGACUCCCCGGCAGAUGAUCCAUCUUCUGAUUCUCUCGACGACUUCACAUCGUACCUCGCCUCAGAAGUCUGGCCGUUCCUCCCGGACACUCUGCGCUCAGCGAUACACGAAACCCGCGCUAGCAUCCCUGACAUAGAUUCGCUCGACCUGGACAACGUACCGCUCUCCUUCGUAGAUACCUUAAUCUCUUGCGGCGUCGCGGGCGAUGCAGACGAUGCAGCCAGGUUUUUGCGCAAGGUCCUUGUAGAGUAUGUUGCGGAAGCCACCGCUCCUCCCCCCGUGUGGUCUAAGACGCGCACGUCUGAAUGCGAGAUCUGCGAGCGCGAGGUCCCACUGACGUAUCAUCACCUGAUACCAAGGGAAGUGCAUGCGAAGGUGCUGAAGAAGAAAUGGCAUCCGGAGGGCAUGCUCAACUCUGUUGCGUGGCUCUGUAGGCCGUGUCAUUCCACCGUACACCAAGUAACGAGUAACGAAGAACUGGCCAAAGAUUACUACACAGUCGACCGGCUCCUGGAACGCGGGGACAUACAGAAGUGGAGGAAGUAUAUAUCGAAACAACGCUGGGGGGCGAAGCGAGGCUGAUCGACGGACUAUGUGGCAUUGUCCCAGAUUGAUGUUCUUCACCGUAUCCCUCAGUGUCAAGAAGAAGAACCGAUCCCUA